AUGGCUGAUCAACAGAUAUGCCACAGCGCCCUCAGCCUGGAUGACCUUGUUGCAUUCGGUAGUCUCCGGGCAGGCGAGCGUGUACAAUGGUACAAUAUAGUCCGUGAGCUUGCGUCACGUAAUCUCUCCGUGGAUAGCCCGUCAAUUGGCCUUCUAUUUCGUCAGGCCGCGUGGGAGCUGGGUACCUGGAGUGCAAGUACGGACUCGAGAGUGGCUCACCAGCCGGUUCAAAUUGAGAUGAUGAGGUUACGCUUACGAUUCUUCAACGCACAGGGUGCGCUGCAGUCUCGUGAGAUGAGUGCCACGGUAGAUCGUGACCAGGACAUCGGCUGCUUCUACGGGCUGCGGAACAAGCUGAUCGUACGUGACACAAAAGAUCACUGGCAUCGGUCUGUGGUUGUGCCGUUUGGAAAGGUCGUGGCAGUCAAGGAAAAGCACAAUUCAAUCGUCCAUAUCGAGCCCUCGUCAGAAUCACGGCGGAUCGGAUAUUUCCGGUACUCGCUGGACCGACACUUGUAUGUUCUGCGUGGAACCCCAGACAUGCAGGCCACUCUCUACCAGGCUUAUCUUCAUGCCAUGACGAGUCUUUGUGUUACCAGAUCCAGCCACACAUCGAUCUGGAACAGCCGAGGCUCUGCGGAUCUUACGGCAGGCUCAGCUUCAGUCAAUCCUGCCCUUGAGGUCGAAAUUGUCUGGAUCUGCUAG